AUGGAGCUAGCGACGGAGCAUGUGCGCUUGCUUGAUGCAGGCAAGCUACGUCUCGCGUAUUCCUCGCCGCUAUCUACAGGCUGCUUCGCCUCAGUGGCUUCGUCGAAGACACAGCUGUUGCAGCACGGCAACAUUUACGGUCUGACCUUCACGGCGACUGAGCGAGGUUUUGUUAUGACGAUGAACAGUGAGCUAGAAGCCUGUUGUAUCGACUACAAUAGACGACGGCAGGAAGCCUUGGACCACGGAGAAGGAAGAUUAAUGAUGGAGAUUGGCAACCUCCCGGUUUCCAAAGAGAUCCAGCUGCCGUCCAUUGCCUACUGGAUUGCACUUUCUCCCGACGAACUCUUGGUGGCAGUAGCAUAUGCGAACUCAGUCGCGUUGUUUGAAGUGGCGCACAUUGUCGAGGCGGUGAGCCCAGCGCCUUUUCACACAUUCGCCGAGCUGCGAGCACAGGAAAUUGCGUGGUGCUCAGACCCUAAAAGUGGGAGCGUAGCAGUCUUGACGCUCGAAGAGCAAGUGGUGGUGUGCACACUUGACGGGGCAAAAGCUAGGAUUGAAACACCGACUGCUGCGUCGUCCAUUUCUUGGUCCCCAUCGGGAAAGCAGAUCGCAGUCGGUUUGGUUGAUGGCACGAUCGAAGUCUAUGAACAGGACACACUUCAACUUGCUCGAUCUCUUGGUCAGCCUGAGUGCUGCAGUGAUGCAAGCUAUGCAGUCCACCAUGUCAACUGGGCGGAGGAGGAAUUAAUGCUGGCUGGGUAUUACAAACGUGAUGAAAAAAAUGAAGAGACAAAUGCUCUGGCCUGUAUUUUUGAGCAAGGGAAGUGGGUGGAGUUGGAUGAAAUUGUCGGCUUUUUCGAUGUGGAGAACCGAAGUCAUCAAUACUUUUCUACCUUCUUACCAGAUUGGCGGAUGUUCUUUAUUGGGUGCUCACUGAGCGCAGAUAUUGAGCUGCUCGUUUCAGAUCCUGAAGGUGGUGAGUGGGAAUUGUGGAAACCUCUCGAGAAGUAUCAAGCUCGCCUUUCUAUGAACGCUGAGGAUGAGGAAUCGUUCCCCAUGGGGUUCGCCCUGAAUUUAAACUCGUCAUUACCUGUCCCUGUUGACGAAGAUACGUUUUCACCUGUUCCCAUCGUUUCGUGCUCCAGCACAGAAGGACUUUUGGUUAACUUUGCGUUCGUCGAUACAACUGUAAAAGAAGUCGACUUUGUCAAGAAGCCAUUGCCAUUCAAGACGACAGUGAUGCGUAUUGCUGUGGCUGUUGAGGGACCGAAGGUAUGUGAUCCUGCAGCUACGGACGGCCUUCAACAUCCAUCUGAUGUAACAUUAGUGGGCAAGAGUGCCUCGCAGAAUUCCACACUCUUGCAUAGUUACGGUCAGAACGAUGAGAAUGAGUUUGCAGGAUCUGACAGUGAAUCGAGUGAUGAAGAAGAAGAACGUAAAGAAGAAGAGGAGAGAGCUAGAACCGCGUUCCACACAAUUGCAUCCGAUGGAGCCAACUUCAUUCUUUCGGACCAAUUUCCCAAGCUGUUCAAGGCAAUGGGAUCUACGUACUCUGAAGAAGAGCAUGUAAGCACACUGAACAGUCUCGAGAAGGAUGGAAAGGUGUAUGAGGCAGAUUUCGUUCCUUGGUACGUGAGUUGGAUUUUCGGUGACGAUGACUCGGAUUCGGACGACGAGGUAACCGCACCUGAAUCAUCGUCAGCGGAGCCCGUCAAAAUGAAGUCAAAAGAAGAAAUCACCGCAGCAUUCUCGAGGUUUACGGCCAAGGAAGGAAGUUGGAAGUGCGGUGUGUGUAUGCUUGACAACGAUGCCGAGGUGGUUAAGUGUCGUGCUUGUGACGCUUCAAACCCUGCCGCGCCCAAGGUCGAGACUCCUGUAAGAGUGGCGAGUGGAGCGUCCAUAGGCACGAUUGGUUCGGGUGGGUUUUCGUUCCCCGUUUCUGCGGCAGACGCCUCGAAGCCACCAUCGUUUUCCUUCGCUGCAUCCCCCGGCACAGUUGGGGUGGCCAACGCAAGCAAUUCUAGCGGGUUUUCGUUUCCCGGCGCAGUGCAAGCGUCAAACCUCAGCUUCCCAAGCAGCACGAUUGCAUCCGGAACAGGCUUUAGUUUUCCACCUGCCGCGACGUCUAUCACCACAAUGAAUUCCGAAGUUUGUACCGGUCGCGUAGGGGGUGAUAGUAGCAAGACAUCAUCUUAUGCGGCUUCUGCCAUUCGAACGGAUUCAAAUGCGAUAGUGUCACACGAGUAUAGUCAAAAUGAUCAGCACGGAUUUGCUGAUUCCGGUAAUGAAUCGAGUGAUGAAGAGGAAGAAGUCAAGGAAGAGGAAUGUAACGCCAGGGCCGCGUUUCGCUCUAUUGCGCAAGAGGGAACUGAUUAUAUCACCGCGGGUCAAUUCCGAAAGCUACUUACUAGUUUGAGGUUGUCUCAUUCCGACGAACAGCUUGCUAGGAACAUUAGCGGCCUCGAGAAAAAUGGAAACGUCCAUGAGGCCGAUUUCAUUGCAUGGUACGUCAAUUGGAUCUUCAGUGACUCAUAUUCUCGAUAUAAAGGGAGUGCGACACCAUCGUCCCUAAAACAAAGAACUUCCCAUGGUUACGGUCAAAAUGAUGAGAAUGAGUUUGCAGAAUCUGACAGUGAAUCGAGUGAUGAAGAAGAAGAACGUAAAGAAGAAGAGGAGAGAGCUAGAACCGCGUUCCACACAAUUGCAUCCGAUGGAGCCAACUUCAUUCUUUCGGACCAAUUUCCCAAGCUAUUCAAGGCAAUGGGAUCUACGUACUCUGAAGAAGAGCAUGUAAGCACACUGAACAGUCUCGAGAAGGAUGGAAAGGUGUAUGAGGCAGAUUUCGUUCCUUGGUACGUGAGUUGGAUUUUCGGUGACGAUGACUCGGAUUCGGACGACGAGGUAACCGCACCUGAAUCGUCGUCAGCGGAGCCCGUCAAAAUGAAGUCAAAAGAAGAAAUCACCGCAGCAUUCUCGAGGUUUACGGCCAAGGAAGGAAGUUGGAAGUGCGGUGUGUGUAUGCUUGACAACGAUGCCGAGGUGGUUAAGUGUCGUGCUUGUGACGCUUCAAACCCUGCCGCGCCCAAGGUCGAGACUCCUGUAAGAGUGGCGAGUGGAGCGUCCAUAGGCACGAUUGGUUCGGGUGGGUUUUCGUUCCCCGUUUCUGCGGCAGACGCCUCGAAGCCACCAUCGUUUUCCUUCGCUGCAUCCCCCGGCACAGCUGGGGUGGCCAACGCAAGCAAUUCUAGCGGGUUUUCGUUUCCCGGCGCAGUGCAAGCGUCAAACCUCAGCUUCCCAAGCAGCACGAUUGCAUCCGGAACAGGCUUUAGUUUUCCACCUGCCGCGACGUCUGCAACUGGGCCAUAUUCUGGAGCUGCUGAGGACUUACUUGAUUGCUCGUCGGUAGCUGGUGAAGUUGCGGAUCCUUUGAACACGACGUCAAAGCCAAAACCUCCUGCUGCUAGCAACAGUAGCUACCCUCCGGACACGACGUCGAAGCCAAAGCCUCCAGUGUUUGGUACUGUUAGUACCAGCAGUUACCCUCCGGACACGGCGUCAAAGCCAAAGCCUCCCGCGUUUGGUACUGUUAGCACGAGCAGUUACCCUCCAGACACGGCGUCGAAGCCAAAGCCUCCAGUGUUUGGUACUGUUAGUACCAGCAGUUACCCUCCGGACACGGCGUCAAAGCCAAAGCCUCCCGCGUUUGGUACUGUUAGCACGAGCAGUUACCCUCCGGACACGGCGUCAAAGCCAAAGCCUCCUGCGUUUGGUUCUGUUAGCACCAGCAGCUACCCUCCAGACACGGCGUCGAAGCCAAAGCCUCCCGCGUUUGGUACUUUUAGCACCAGCAGCUACCCUCCAGACACGGCGUCAAAGCCAAAGCCUCCCGCGUUUGGUACUGCUAGCACCAGCAGCUACCCUCCAGACACGGCGUCAAAGCCAAAGCCUCCUGCGUUUGGUACUGCUAGCACCAGCAGCUACCCUCCAGACACGGCGUCGAAGCCAAAGCCUCCUGCGUUUGGUACUGUUAGCACCAGCAGUUACCCCCCAGACACGGCAUCGAAGCCAAAGCCUCCUGCGUUUGGUACUUUUAGCACCAGCAGUUACCCUCCAGACACGGCGUCGAAGCCAAAGCCUCCUGCGUUUGGUAGCGGGACAAUGCCUAAGAUGAAAACAUCUUCGUCUUUGUUUCCCAUUGGUACGAAGACGUUUGGGUCGCAGUCGAAGUCGUUCGCACCGAUAGACCCAUCGGUGCGAGAUAGUAACCUGACCAGCGCCGUCGCUCCAGCCGAGUCAAAAAAUUGUCGUGAAAGUGCAUUUGGAAGUGACGUGGCUACAGGAGCAGCAGCUUGCACGUCUUCGUCACCAUUCGGCAUUGUACCAAAAUCAAGCUCACAGGGGGCGUGUCUAUUCGGCUUGGCAAAAGCGAGUGACUCAAACGACGUUUCUGGUAAAAGUAACGCAGCACGGCCGGGCUUAUCAUUUAGCAGUUGGUCGUCAACGAUUGAUCCAAGUAAGGACCAUGGCGGUCCUGAGGACCAACUUCCGACGAAGCGCACGCUAAAUUUUGAAGAUUGCCGUGCGCUUGAAGCAAAGACGACUUCCAUUUCAUUGGCGAAGACGAAUGCAAAACCGCUUGUUGACCCCGCCGAGUCAUGUAUUAGCAUUCCUUCGUCACCUAUGGAGGGCCAACUGUGGAAGUUGAUCGUGAAUUUUGAUAAGUCUCUUCAGCGAUUGAAUCAGAGCUCGACGAAAAUACCGUCGAACAAUACUGAGCUGUCACUGAACUGCAUGGCGAAAGUAGACAAGCUACGCCUUCAAAUAUCCGACUUCUGUAUGGCGAUCAACGACCUGGACGAGUUACGGGAUCAAGUCGAGAAGGAUGUCUUGUUCGUUAUCGGAAGCGAUGGUGACGUACACGAACAGCUUGAGUAUGGUCGCGAAAUGCUGAACAGUUUCAACGACGAGGCUCUCAAGAGGACCCUGGAAAUGCAACCUCUCGACCAGCGAUCCCAGCAAACUUGGGAAUCGUUGAAGGUUAAAUUAGCCAAGGUAAGAAAAUGCUGUAUCGAACUUGAUGGUCAUCUAUCAUCUUCCAAGAUCGGUGCCGCCGGAUUCGGUGCAGAAUCUUCAGCACACUUAUUCCGCGUCUUGAAGCAAACGUAUGACAAGUCGAAGAUGCAGUAUAACGAAGUGUUUAAGCUGACUGAACACCUGAAGGAGCUGAAGGUGGGUGGCGACCGCGUGCAUCGAAUGAAUGGUGUGGCUAUGACUACUGCUGCCGAUAGUGAAGCGCAUUCUAUAGCAACCAAGGCAGAUAUGAUUCAGAUGAUCGUGGAGACUGGGGAACGUCGUCAAGAUGUACGUCGCAACUUUUUGGUGUUAUGCGGCAAUGUGGUUACUCCUCGUGAUAUAGUUUCGACGCCACGGCGAAAGUUAGCCGCUCUUACUCCUUCAAGCUCUUCGGCGUCGCCAAUUCUGGUCAAAGCCACUAGCAAGCUGAUGCCGAAGACGCGCUUGAGUGUUGCUUCUCCAGUGAGCUCAGCGAAACAGUCGCCGAUGUCCGUUUCAUUCAAGAACACUCCAUUUAAGUCUGGAUCGAAGCUGUCGUCACUGGCAGAAGCCAUGGUACCGAAAGAGGAGGCUGCUAAGCUUGUACAGACGCCACACUCGACAAGAGCAAGUGUGAGUGUCGGUAAAGCGUCUCAGAGACCGAGCCUCAGGGUCCCGGCUGCUGAGAUGAAACCUGUAUCGACGACGUCUUCUACAGCACAGUCAUCCAAUGUGUUUAGCUUUCCGAAGUCUUCGAAGGAAGCUGUGACUUCCGUAGCAACUAUUGCCAAGAUUGGCGACGGGAAGACUGGAUCGAGUUCGUCACCGUCGAGCAACUCUGGAAUCAAUGUACCGACAGUAAAGGCAAAACUCGGAGCUGAAGCUAUACCGACUUCUGCGCUUACUCUUGGUGGAAAAAGUUCUCCAAAGUCUCCUCCUACCUUCAGCUUUGGGAACGCAAAGGGUGGCACACAGCCGCUUUCUACAAUCCCCGUUACUGUGGACUACAAGGCUCUACUGGAAAAGUUCUACAAGGUCCACAAUCCAUCAAAAAUCGACGGAGGCAUGAUGGACAAAGCUCUGAUUACGUACAAGGGCAAGGAGAAAGAUCUGUUCACUCGGCUCUUUAGCAUGUACGUCCCCGGUUCGACGCCUGAUGAUGUGACCAAGUAUUUAGGUGGGGGCCCGGUCCCUCCGAAAUCCGAGCACGGGACAACGACUGUAAAAGCUGUCAAGCCAGCAGCUGAGAGCCCGUUUGCCGCAUCAUCCUCUGCUCAAGCAAGUCCGUUUACAUCGACUGCCGCUCAGACGAGUCCGUUUGGGGCUCCUCCUUCGGCCUUCAGUCUCAAUCCUGCCGCAAACAACGCGUCCGGGUUUGGUGGCUUUGGAUCUACCUCGGCGACCUCUUCUUUAGCAACGCCGACACUCCCAACGUCUAGUUUUGGCAAGCCAGCUGUCGACUACCGUCAGAAGCUGGUGGACUUCUACCAGAAGUACAACCCGAGCAAGCUCAGCAGUGUGGACGCCACGCUGCAGAAGUACAAGGGGAAUGAGGAGAAACUCUUCCAGAAUUUGGCUACCAAGUACAAGGUGUAUGUCUCGAAUGUGAGUGGGGUGUCCGUGCCGCCUGCUAGUCCGGCUAUGCAGCCUGCCAAGCCCAAUGCGGCAGCAAGCCCUUUUGGUAAACCGGGAGCGUUUUCAGCCGCCAUCACUUCAAGUGGACCAUCGUUUGGGUCUACUAGCUCAGUUGGUUUCGGUGGAGCGCCAUCCCCAGUGGCAACUCCGUUUGGCGCAGCACCGACUCCCGCUUCAUCUCCGUUUGGAGCUCCCUCCUCGCAAAGCACCGGUGGUUUCGGGUCAGCUGGAUUCGGUAGUGGAUUUCAAUCGACCCCUACUACGACCUCCUCUCCAUUUGGAGCAACAACUGCCGGGUUUGGAGCUACGACGGGCGGUGGAUUUGGAGCUGUGACGAGUGGCGGACUUGGAGCUACCCCUGGUGGCUCAAAUUAUCGUGAGAAACUUACAGCCUUCUAUCAGCAACACAACCCCGCUAAGCUAAGCUCUGUGGAUGCGACGUUGGAGAAGUAUAGGGGCCGAGAAGACCACCUCUUUGCGAUGCUGGAGCAAAAGUAUCUGAAGAAAAUCCCGGUGACAGCCCCGGCUACAGGAGGUUUUGGCAUCCCUAGUACCUCAGCAUUUGGUGGUGGCGGAGCUAGCGGGUUCGGCACGCCAUCGAGCUUGGGGGUAGCAAGUCCUGUCCCUGCAUUUGGAUCAGCUUCCGCAUUAGGAGCCGUUGCGCAGCCUGCUUUUGGCGGAACUGCGGGCUUGGGCUUUGGUGGAAUGGGGUCGCAAAUGAGUGGAGGGUUUGGUUCGGCCGCCCCUGCUGCCGGCACGGGCUUUGGUUCUCAACUCUCUUCGUUCGGUGGAGCUGCGCAGCAGUCUAGUGGUUUCGGUACUGCUGCUAGAGGCAGUAGCGGUUUUGGCUCUGGUUUUGAAAGUAGUGCAGCGACUGGCAGCUUUGGCAAACCUGCUGCGUUCAACAGUGCCAGCUUUACUCAGAUGCGGUGA